AUGGAGGCCCUCCAAGCUAACAUUAUUGCAGAACUGAAAGAGGUUCAAGUGGAUGUGAAAAAGGAGUUUAUUGACAAGAUUGGACUCCUUAAAACAGAAAUGAGCGAGUUCAGAGGAGAAAUGGGACAGCACCUUAAUGACAUUGUGGCGGAUCUGAAAGAAAUCACAGGGUCGAGGAGGCCGAGCAGCGAGUGGCCGACUUCAGGACUUCAGCGCGGAUAUCAGCUGGAGGAACGUACAGCUGACAGUAAGUGUGAACCAGUGAGUGAUUCUGACACUCAUCUCUCAGGGAAGAAUGACAAAAGCACAGAGGGAGGGGAUGAAACCAUAUCUGCAUCAGCAGCAUGCAGUGACGGAGGGAAUGAAGAGGAGAAAAUGCAGGACCACACAUCCCGCAAAGAAGAAACAAUCACAAAAGCAGCUGAACAGAUGAAGACUGCAGCUGAAAUUGAGCAGAAGUUUAAUCAAGCAGAAGGUGACGUUGAAGACUCAGAGAAGAAUGAUGAAGAUACAGCAGAACAACCUGAAAUAAAACCUGGACCAUGUGAACCAAAGGAAACAGCAGCUGAACAGAUGACGACUGCAGCUGAAAUCCAGUUGAAGUGUGAUCAAGCAGAAGGUGACGUUGACGACUCAGAGAAGAAUGAUGAAGAUACAGCAGAACAACCUGAAAUAAAACCUGGACCAUGUGAACCAAAGGAAACAGCAGCUGAACAGAUGACGACUGCAGCUGAAAUUGAGCAGAAGUUUAAUCAAGCAGAAGGUGACGUUGAAGACUCAGAGAAGAAUGAUGAAGACACAGCAGAACAACCUGAAAUAAAACCUGGACCAUGUGAACCAAAGGAAACAGCAGCUGAACAGAUGACGACUGCAGCUGAAAUCCAGUUGAAGACUUGA